AUGGAAAACUCAACAGAAAUCGUGUCAUUUGUUUUGAUUAUGUAUGGUAACAUAGGAAAAUUUAUGUAUCUAUAUUUCAUUCUGGCAAUGCUAUGUUACAUAUUAGUUAUUUUUGCAAACACCAUUCUUAUUGUCAUUAUUUAUGUGGACAGAAAUCUGCAUGAGCCCAUGUAUCUUUUUUUGUGCAAUUUGUUUGUUAAUGAAAUAUAUGGAAGCACAUCUUUGUUGCCUUGUUUGAUGGUACAGAUCUUGUCAGAGACUCAUGACAUUUCUGUUUUUUACUGCUUCCUUCAAAUAUUUAACAUUCAUACAUAUGUAGCUAUUGAAUUUGGGACUUUGACAACAAUGGCAUAUGACAGAUAUAUAUGUAUUUGUAAGCCUUUACAUUACAAUGUCCUAAUAACUAAAAGAAAAUCACAGAUUGCCAUGCUUGUUAUUUGGACAUUUUCUUUUGUAGAGGUUGGAGUUUUACUGUCAUUCACUAUUCAUUUAAAGCUGUGUGGGGCUAUUAUUGACAAAGUUCAUUGUGAUAAUCAUCUUGUAGCUGAGCUUUCUUGUUCACCGGACAGAACAGUGUCAUAUAUUCAUGAUCUUGUUUUUGGCCUUAUCUUCACUGUUGCUGCUCCUCUCAGUUUCAUGUCAUUCACUUAUGUAAAGAUUUUGUCUGUGUGUUUGAAAGCUUCCAAAGAGACCAAAAUGAAGGCUUUUGAUACCUGCGCUCCACAUUUUGUUUCACUUAUUAGCUUUGUCUUUGCCUGUUUUUAUAACCUGAUCAGUCAAAGAUAUGACAUGACAUUUGUUCCACUGGAGCUACGUGUUAUUUUGUCAAUGUAUGGACUGAUCAUUCAGCCUCUUCUAAAUCCAGUGAUAUAUGGCCUGAAGUUGUCAAAAAUUAGACAUGCUUUUAAAAGGUUUGUGACAUUAAAAACAUUGCAAAUGUGUGAUGUCUCUUGUGCUUGCAUACAGGGAAUUACAGUGUAUUUGAUUUCCAAAGUUCUUUACUAA